GCUUUCGUUUGGCCUCCUCUUCCGGUCCUCGGCUCUUCGCUCCCCCAACCUCUCUCACCACAACGGCACGCUCCCGCCGCCGCCGGCCGACUCCCGCGGCGAAUCCUGCGUCCGAAGCGCCGCCCUCCUCUGGAUCUGAGACGUCGAGCGCGCCGCGGGCUCUAGCCGGAGUGUUUGGAUCUGAAAAUGAGUGAGGGGAAUACUACUCAGCUUGACCUUGAGAAAGGACUGCCUCAAAUUUCGAAUGAUAAUGAUUCAAGUAGCCCUUCAACAAUACACAAGAUGAAAGCUAACACGGAAGAUUCUGGAAGCAAAAUUGAAUCACCCACUCCAGAGAAGCUUGAAUCUAGAAGCAAAGGGGUUGUUGUGAGUUCGCUAGCAAGGAAUUUGCUUGCAGAGAGGUACAAAGACAGAUUUGCAAACCAGCUGGGGGAAGAUGAGGAUGACACAGAUGAUGAAGACUAUAAUGACAGUCUUUCACCUGGUGUUAGCCGACCUCUAAUUUCAGGAAGCAUCGAACUCCUUGAGAAACACAAGGAUUUGCUGAAUUUUUUCAAUAGAAUGGAAAGUUCUAUAAGGUUGCUACGGUUACGGAAGAAGAUGACUACAUUUAAGAAUAUUGCUACCCAGGUGGAAGUACUCACAAAGAGGACAUUCUCAUACAGUCAUUUGGCCCAGAUGAAGCAUUUAUUUCCAGAAGCAAUCCAGAUAAAGAGGAUACUCUUACAUGAUGAGAAAAGCUUAUGCAUGUAUCCUGAUAUGGAAAUCACACUUGUCAUGGAUGUUGUGGAAUGUACAAGUCCAGAUGAGUCUCCAUCAAUGGCAAUCUGCGAGGCGUUUUACUCAAAGCUUUUGAAUUUUUUGGAUGCUCAUCAUAAGGGUACAGACAUUCCUGAGGCAAUCCUACCAGAACCCUUUAAUUCAAGGCCAAGGGAGAAGUUAUAUCUUCAGGCACCUGAUGGACAUGCUGCGGAGCCACCUCUGCAGGGCACCACUGAGGAUGGAUUGUCAUAUGCUUCCCACUUCCCACAAACUUUUCAAAAACUCAUGUCACAGAAAAUUGUUGCUGAUGGAACAGAAAAGACUCAGUUGCUAUCUGAUCCAGCAGAACUGAGCUCUGUGCGUGCUUAUGAUACGGAAGGGACAAACAGAAGCCCUAAAAAGCAAGACACACAUGCUCCAGUUCCAGUGAACUCUGAAAUCUCUGCUACUCCAAGCCGCCAUUUGAUCUCGUGUUGUCAAGAGAGUACACCGAAACAAGGGACCUCAGAAUCAUCAUUUUUGGCUGGAACACCAGCAAUGCAGACACCAAAAAGGCUGUUGCCGACUUCACUUGAGAAACUUGAGACCACUUGUGGACACAUUUCUGAACCACGUUCAACCAGUUCAGCCCGCAGAUCACUGAAUACAUCGUUAAAAUUUGAAGGAGGAAGCCUGUCUUGUCACGAUGGAAUGGAACAUGAGGCUACAGCUAAAAAGGACGUGUUCUCAGAAGUUUCAUCUAGUUCCAACAAGUCACUAGAGGAAAAUGAUCUUAUCUCCUUUACUUAUGAAGAAAAAACCAAUCAAAUAGACCCAGUGGAAACCCAGGAAAAGAUAGCUUCGCUUUGUAGCACAUUUGAUAUAGUCUGUGAUAUUUCUCGUUCUACCAAGAAUUCGCAAAUCACGAAACAGGAACUUUUCCACUAUAUUCUUGCCAGCAACUUGGAGAUAGAAGAGACAGGGGAGAUAGAAGAGCAGCUGCAUAUUUUAGAGGAUCUGGCUCCCGACUGGAUAUCUAAGAAGGUGAUAAAUGGAGGAGAAAUACUUUACAGCAUUGUACCUAUACCUAUAACAGAUCAGAGUUCAGUUCGGGCAAGGCUUGUUGAAGCCGUAUGAGAUAGCUGUGAUCGGUUCAAAGCUGAAGAAUCCACCUGAUACUUCUAUGUAUGUACCACUAAUGGAACCCAUCAAGCAGCCACAUUAGCCAAUUUACCAUCAUGGAAUCCGCUGGAUUGCUCUUGUCUGAUUCGAGUUCAAUUGAGUAGCAACAGAAGCAGAUGGGAUUCCUCAGUGCAAUCUGUGUUCUUGUUGACCUGCUCAAUGCUAAAACUGUUAUGAAGCUUGAAUGAAUUCACAGCUGAGUGUAGUUUGCUGCUCAGAUUUGGUGCGUCCCAGUGGCCGCGUACUGCCGCCUGAGCUUUCUGUUGAAAUCCCUAGAAUUCAACAUUAGAAUCUGUGUGGAAAUCAAUUGCCCUUUGCAUCUC